GAGUGUUGCAAAAACGGCUUUGGAGAGAAAAUUCUUUUCUCCAACAUCCAACGACACUCGAAAAGUGAGAGCCAUGUCUCCCACCUUCAAUGCCCCGCAAUAAUCAGGUCAAGAAUGAACCAUUGUGCCCUUCAUGGAGUAUAUUACCCGUGGGGUCUGUGGACAAGAAGGGUGCCGUGAAAGACGGUAUUAUCUCGACAAUGGCCUCUGGUUCUGUAGGCGGGGUCAUCAGCAGGAGGGACAACAAGUUGAAGAAGAUCCCGAUGACUUUGGAACGCACGGCAAGGCAAACCGGGUGAAGAAAGCUGUUUCUGAGAAGGCCCAGAAAACGUAUCGUGGUCGACAAGCGUACGGCCUUUUUUUACAAGCAUAUCAGCUGGUUCUCUGGAAGCAGUGCCAUGCCUUUGUUCAUGGGCAAGGAUUUCCGGCAGAGUUUGAGAAUGUGGUUCGAGAUCUUUGGGCUCUCCGUCUGAGCAGCUUCUCAGAAAAGAUCAGUGACGAUGAUGGCGAUGCAGAGCCGGAACUCUUCAGUUCUCAGCCAGCGGCAACACAAGAGUCCCAAGAGGCCCCCAAGCUCAGUGGAAAGUAUGUUGAAUGGCCUCGGCUGAUUGACUCUAUUGCUCUUUGCUAUCUGGGGUCUUUUUUAAUGAGACUGCCUGUUAAUGUGCAAGAUAUUUACCGGAUGGUUAUGCGAGAAGAAGUCCCUUUCGUCAGGGUUAUCAAGUCAAUACCUCGGGAAAUGAGAGACAAACUUCCCCAGGAAUAUCUUUCGCUUCUCGAAACAAAGAGUUUAUUGAAAGCCGAACACCUACAUAAUGCAGUGAUGGAUGUGGCUCUACUCUAUCACCAUAAAUUUGGCUUGGAGUUUCCCCCUUUGAACUCCCCUCCUUUACUUUUCCGGUAUAUUAAAAGACUUGCACUCCCAGUUGAGAUAUAUCCUGCCGUGUUUAGGCUACAAAAACUUGCUGGUUUCUCUUUCAGCUACCCCACGACCAUCGUCGGCAAAAAGAGGUCUCUCAACCUACCAGAACUUCAGGUUAUGACACUUAUUGUGAUCUCGACCAAGCUUCUUUUCCCAUUCGAUGAUCUGGAAAGAUAUCCCGUUUCAUCCAAGGAGCCGACUUCUCAGGUCAUCAACUGGGAGCUUUGGGCGCAAGUCCAAAGACAUUUUGAUAAUCGAGAAACAGCUGGAGGUAGAAUAGGUAAGGGAAAUGAGAUUCAAGUGAAAGAAGCGGAUGUUUUCAAUAUGACGUCGAGUCAGUUGGAUGAGUACAUGGACUGGUACGAAAACAGCUGGCUGGACGGCAGCAGAGGACUCAAUCCAUUGGCGGAUUUGUUUCCAACUGGUCGGGCCGGUGUAGAAAGCCAACCCGGCACUACCCCGGUAGUAGGAAAUGAGGACGAGGAUAUAAACACAAUGCUACAAACCGUAACAUCUCAAUUGAAACCUCGAAAAACCAUCUCGGAGCUUGAUGAGGAUACCCUCCGUCCGGGUAGUUCCUAUCCGCGAUAUCGAACGGAGACCAAUCUCCCAGAGAUGGCAAGGUCUUUUUACGAAGCAGCUGCAAAAGUGGUCGGGGUAUCUCUACCUACUCUCGUCAGGGCUGUAUUCCAGGCGGAAUACAGAAUCACUCGAUGGCAGGAAGACCAGAGACGAGCGGAAUACUAUGGAGAGAUGGAGAUGAAGUUUGCAAGAGAUGCUAGCGGCGAUGAAAUGGAUGAGAUGGAUGAGAUAGACGAGCAAGGGACGUCUGAUUUAGAAGGAGGGCCUUGAUUGUAGGUCGAGAAUACUCGAUUUCUAAGACUAGUCGAAUUCAAUUUGCGUACGGGAAUAAGCUCUACCAGACAGCCGUGC